UCCCUAAAUAGAAAUCAGUGGGCAUCACUCUGUGUGUGAACCCCCCGGCAAAUCCGUAUUUCUUGAUAAACACAGUUUGGUGGACAUUGUCUUAACCGUGAUUUUGCAUUCAACAGGGAAUCCAAAUUGCAGUGUUUUUAAUCUUUGCGUGCACCAGUUCUUUCAGAUUGAGGACACCAUCAGUUGACUAACUAGUUAGCUGCUAACUGUCAGGCUAGCUAACCAGCUACUCAGCUGUUCAAGAAAACAACAGCGUGCAACGUGAGGCAUUGGGGACAGAGAAGGAUGGAGCAGCAUAAUACCACAUAUGGCGUUCAACUUUACAUAUAUGACCUAUCGAGAGGAAUGGCUCGUCAGCUUAGCCCUAUCAUGUUGGGAAAGCAGCUUGAUGGAAUCUGGCAUACAUCCAUUGUGGUCUUUGGGGAAGAGUUUUUCUUUGGAGGUGUAGGCAUCUCAAGUUGUGCUCCGGGUGGGACGAUGUUGGGGCCUCCCGACUCGGUGGUUGAGCUUGGCAACACAGAGGUCAAUGAGGAGAUUUUUAUGGAGUACCUCUCGUCGCUAGGGGAGACCAGCUACAGAGGAGACCGGUACCGGCUGUUUGAGCACAACUGCAACACCUUCACCAAUGAGGUGGCCCAGUUUCUAACGGGCAGAAAGAUCCCGUCCUACAUCACCGACUUGCCCUCAGAAGUGCUGUCCACGCCUUUUGGCCAGGUGCUGCGGCCCAUCCUGGACUCCAUCCAUAUCGCUCCCCCGGGUGGCAAUGUGAUCAACGGCCACAACAACCACAGCUAGACCCCCCUGCUGCCUCGCAGGCAGCCCUCUCAGGCACCAGAGAGAAAGCAACGCCUUGACUCCACUUAGGCUGAGACAAGACUGUGGAGACGGGUUUGCAUCCUCUCUCUCUCUCUCUCUCUUGUACCCAGACUUAGUUGACAUUGGUGUGUAUAGUAAUACGCAGUACAUGCUGUAGAUCUGUGUUUCUUUCCUACAGUACGUACGCAAGUAUGCACACCGUCUCCAUUUGUCUACCAUCUCUAUAAUUUUGCUUUUUCUUCUUUUUUUUGCCUGUUUGUUCUUUAUAACGUCUCAUUUUUUUUCACACUGAUGUACUCUGAAGCUUUAAGUCAAUCGUGCGUUUUUGUUUUUGUAUUAUUGAUUUGUCCUUCUUGGCACGUCCUAUGGUGCGUUGAGUAAUCAUGUCUUCUCCUUUCGAUGCGGUCCAAAUUAAGACGCCUUUGGAAAGCAGACAAAGGUCAUGAUGACUGGUUACAUUUUAGGUGUAUGUCUGUCUGGCUCUAUCACCCAGCAUAAACCAUAGAGCGACACAUCAAAAAACACAUACAAAUACAUUAGGGAUGUGGUGUUUGACAGAGAAAACUACUGUACGUUAUGUUCCCCUGUAGGUAGGGGUAAAUCAUCUAAUAAAAGAGCUUGGAGUCCUCAUUUUUGGAACCAACUGAUGUCUGAAGGCUCUCUAUUAGCACGUUUACCACUAUCUCUAGCUAACCUAAACCAGGUUUAUCGCCUAACUAUUUUCUUGGAUUACCCCAAAGCGCAGGAGAUGUUCUAACCACAUCAGAUUGACACAGCAUUUUUUCGGUUAUAAAAUCACUAAUCCACUAAAUCAUUGUCGUUUGUACUACAGGUUUCCAGAAUCGUUAUCCCUCUAAAGCCAAGAUAGCCUAGUAGUUCCAUUGCUUCUGUAAACAUCACCCCUAUCAGCAAUGCGAAAGUGUAGUGAAGUUCCUUUUUUUUAAUGGAUGUGUGUUGAUUCGUAUGUGCGUGGGUUUGUGUGUACAUGUGUUUUUUUCUGUUUCUGAGUGGGCACACACUUGCAUGCGUGCAAAUGUUAUGUUUACUAAGCUGUAUCUCCUUUUGUGUCAUUGGUAUCACCACCGUUCGCCCUCAUCAUGUCCUCGAGACAGGAGAAUUGCGGGAAUCUGACCGCGUGAGUCUUCAUCUCACUUUCACAUAGCCAGAAAGGCACUUUACUCAGCCCUGCCUUGCUCUUCUCUCUGAUGGCAGUUAGCCCAGGCCUGUGCUGAAUAGAGUACCACCACCACCACCACCACCACCACCACCACCCCCACCAGACGGUGUGAGUAAUGUACACCUCGGUGCCUCCUUGCUUCCAAAACACCCCCUCUCUCUCUUACACACACACACACACACACGCACACCCACUUACACAGACACACCCACAGCCACUGUCCUGGUGAGCUCACACACUCAGCAACCUGGAGGAGAGUGGAACUGUUACCUUAGCAACAGCCAUGAGAGGGAAGACGAAGCAAUGCCAGUGGAGGCGGAGUUAGCCAGCCUUCUCUCUCUCCCUUUGGAAGAUCCUGAUAAAGUGUAGCCAGCAGCUUAUUAUGUCAUGAUUCACAGUACUGUAUUAUUAUUAUGAAUAUUAUUACAUUACACGUGGAGCAGGAUUCAACCAGCAACCUUCCAGUCCCAUGAUUAACUCCCUAACAGUUAGGCCAUGGCUGCAAAUUGGGAACAGACACAGUAUACAGUUUAAUUACUACAGUAUCAUCAGAUACUGUGAAAUAAUCUCACUCAAGAUGAGGGAUGAAUUUGAAACUUUGUAUUGAAAUUGAAACGAUUCAAUUCUUGUUUUUUGUUUUGUUUUUGUCACUCUUGGCAUAUGCCAUACACCUCACAGGUCUACACACGCGUCCAAAAGCCUUACCAACUCUACUGUAUUACAGUCACAGUUCAUAAUGGUCCAGUGAGUAAUUAAAAAAAUGGACACUGAGCCUUUAAUCUGACGUUAUAGUGAAGGGACUGGUGUUAUGCAUUGCUAUUAAAUGUUGUAAUCGCUUCAGAAACAAAUGCAGCGUAAAUGAAUAUACAUGCCAUAUAUUGACAAUGACAAUACACUGUAUCUAUGUACUGUACCAUAUGUACCAAUAUUUGAAGGCAGGCUUUUCUCUAUGAGCUAUACUGUACGUCAUUAGUAAUGACCCCAUACACUGUUUUAACAUUUGUGGAUAUAAAAGGUAAAUCCCUAAAGAGUUUUUGGCAACUGAGAAAGAUGCUUCUUACAUCAUCCAAAUGUGAUCAAAGCUCUGCCAAUGUGACAAAGACACAAGAGAGGAGGGAAGUGCUGAAUAUGUUUAGUCUACAUCAGCUACGUAUAACGCCACCCUGCUGUGUGUGUGUGUGUGUGUGUGUGUGUGUGUGUUUAAGCUCAAGUGUUUGAACGUAUGAGUGUGAGAGACCUUUAUUGUAAUAGGCCUAUUGUCUUCUAUGUUCUCAACCAGCUGUUAAAAAAAUGUAAAUUAGAGCACACAAACCUUUAUUAUGUGAAAUUGUACAAUGCGUGUAUUCGGGUACAUUGUAAAGUCCAUCACUUAAGAAAUAUUUAUUAAAUUUUAUGACAUAUUUAUUUGAUGUUAUACUAAUUUAUAUGACUGUUUCAACUGUUAAAUACAUUUUAUGUUUUCUCAGUUGCUUUUCAUGUGGUGAUCAUUUUUAAAUGCACUACAGGCUUCAUGUAAAUGCUAAUUUGACGUAAAAUCCAUGGUAUAUUUCUGCUUUACUUUGAAUAAAUUAUGC